AUUAUAUCACUCUUCUCAACUGGGAAGUGAACCAGAUUCUCCGAGCAGGUGUCAGGAGUAGGGAAUUCACAUAAACACUGGAGCAGGAGAGGAGGGGAGAACGGACUUUUUUUCUAUUUUUUUUAGAUCUUUCUUCUCCCCAACCUUCCUUACCCUUUUAGUUCAGAAUAUAACUUUUUUUUAAUGUUCUCGAAAAUGGUGUCCAAGUUGACAUCUCUCCAACAGGAGCUCUUGAGCGCCUUGUUAGAUUCCGGAGUUACCAAAGAUGUUCUGAUCCAAGCGUUGGACGAUAUGGACCCCAGCCCGAAUGGCUUUGGAGUUAAGUUGGAGAAUCUACAGAUGUCUCCGCCAAGUUCUAAAAUCAACGGAAAUGAUUCGAAGCCGGUAUUUCUUACGUUGACCAAUGGGCAUAGUAAGGGCAAACUGUCGGGAGAUGAGGGGUCCGAGGACGGGGACGAUUUCGAUACCCCACCGAUACUGAAAGAACUCCAGUCACUUAACACCGAGGAAGCAGCGGAACAGAGGGAAGAAGUUGACCGAAUAUUAGCUGAGGACCCCUGGCGUGCCGCCCGAAUGAUCAAAGGCUACAUGCAACAGCACAACAUACCACAACGUGAGGUGGUGGAUGUAACCGGGCUAAAUCAGUCUCACCUCUCACAGCACCUCAACAAAGGCACGCCCAUGAAAACUCAGAAGCGAGCGGCGCUCUACACCUGGUAUGUCAGGAAACAGCGGGAAGUUCUCAGACAAUUCAACCAGGCAGUGCAAGGUUCUGACAGCAAUAUGACCGAGAAAGGCAGUCAGGAUCAGGUGCUGUUUUUCUUCCCAGAGUUCAACCCUCCUGGUCAGGGUAUGGGGCAACAAGGGGAGGAGGUGGGCUCGGAACCCUCCUGCAAGAAAAUGAGACGGAACCGUUUUAAAUGGGGGCCUGCAUCCCAACAGAUCCUCUACCAGGCCUAUGAAAGACAGAAGAACCCCAGCAAAGAGGAGCGGGAGGCGCUGGUGGAAGAGUGCAACAGGGCUGAGUGUCUUCAGAGAGGGGUGUCUCCGUCUAAAGCUCAUGGGCUGGGCUCUAACCUGGUCACUGAGGUACGGGUCUAUAACUGGUUUGCCAACCGGCGUAAGGAGGAGGCCUUCCGUCAGAAGCUGGCGAUGGACGCCUACCCCAUACCCACCCACAGCAUGAACCCUCUCCUGUCUCACAGCCACAACUCCCCACACCACCACAGCUCCCAGAUCAGCGCAUCCCCCCCUAGUAAGAUGCAAGUGCGGUACAGCCAACAGGGACCCGGUGAGGUCAGCUCCUCGACGACCAUCAGUCACCACGGCAGCAUGGCGACCAGCCAGUCGGUGUUACAGCAGGUGUCUCCGGAAGGCUUGGACCCCAGCCACAGUCUGCUGUCACCUGACGCCAAGAUGAUGUCUGCGUCAGGUGGAGGCCUGCCACCUGUGAGCACGCUGACCAACAUCCACAGCUCCCACCACACACACCAGCAGACACAGAACCUCAUCAUGCCUCUCUCUGGAGUCAUGACCAUCGCACAGAGUCUGAACACGUCGCAGUCAGUGCCUGUGAUCAACAGCGUGGCGGGGAGCCUUGCAGCACUGCAGCCGGUGCAGUUCUCCCAGCAGCUCCACAGUCCCCACCAGCAUGGCCUGAUGCAGCAGUCCCCCAGCCACAUGAACCAGCAGCCCUUCAUGGCCACCGUGACUCAUUCACACAGUCAGUACCUGCCUCUUAUGUACCCUCAUAAGCAGGAGCCACCGCAGUAUUCUCACCAGUCACGGUUUCCCUCGACCAUGGUGGUGACAGACGCCAACAGCCUCAGUACUCUCAGCUCCAUGUCAUCCAGCAAACAGGAUUCUACCGUAAACAAGAUGGUGCAACUGGGGGGUCUCUCCUGGUGUCCUCUUCAAGCCUGGUGAGAGUACGCACCUGACUUCCUUGGUGCCUAGCAACAGGAGCACAUUUUUCCACCCUCUCACUGCGGUAACUGUGACAACUCCUAAUAACUGUCAACAGUGCACUGGACAAUGAGUCAGUCAACAAAUCCAGAGUGGCGGAGGUGGAGGGCGGGAGGAGUGAGAGAUGGGGAGAGAAACAAACACUGCAGGUUUGCAUUAAUAGACACCUAAAUGAAGGGAGGAGGAACUGAAUAUCCUCUGACUCAGAGGAUCAACAAGGAUGUAUGAUUUUUCACUACAAGCAAUUUUGUGAAAACAGUAUUCAUUUCUCUAACAAAACAAAUGGAUCUUCACAUUAUGCCUGACACACGGUGGUAUGUAAGAAUAAGACUGGUGGAGUGGAUGUCCAUGAAGAACUAACGUGAUACUGUGAUCUGAUGUGAAAAGAUGAAGACAUAUGGAUGCUGAGUUGAGAGGACACAAUCAGCCUCAGUCGGCACAGCUAUGUUGGGCUGUGGUGGGGAAGGAGUGUAUGGGGGACUGAGUGAUUCCAUCUAGCCAAGUGCCCACUCAUAAUGGCAGAUCUGAAUAAUCUGUUCCCCACUAUACUGUAUAUUAUCAACAUCCAUGCACAACUAUCAGAACUACUGGAUGACAAUCAUAUUAACCUUGUCCUGAGCAACUGUAUCGUUUUUUGUAGAUAUUUCAUAUACAUACAUACCUGUUCUGUUUGAAGGAGUCUUCCAUGUUGGUUUUUCAUAAUGUCAUUUUCUGUACUGAACAGUCAAUAGUGCCAAUAAUUAGAACUUUGUUUAUGUGUCUAAAGGAAUUCAACAUUUGUUAUUUCCCAACACGGGGGAAAUAUAAUAGACAAUAUAUUUGUAUUUUUUAUUUGGUUCCAUUUUUAAACUGUGAUUGAAAGAUAUGACAAUCUUUAGAAUUUUUAAGGACUAUGCAAUGUGCAUAUGAAGUGCAAAUGAAGCCCCAGAAGACUGAAACGUGUACAGUACUCCACACUUAGACAGAGGAAUUUAUGAGACGCACCAUUACUCUAUGAACUUAAUGACCCCCAUGUUGUUUCUGUUGUCAGAGCUGCCCACAACACUGCACAAAACAUUACACCAAAGUUUUAUUUUGUUUUUAUAUACAUGUACAGUACAUCCUGUACAUCCUGUACAGUAGCCAGAAAUUCAGUUGGAAACUUUGGGUGUUUUUCUUUCGCCCGUUUCCCAUGUUUCGUUCUGAAGAGAGAGUCAGCGUGCCAUGACAUCAUAAACAAAGUCUGCCUUGUGGGAGGGUUGACUCAAAUAUUCACUGUAUGCCAUCAAACCUAGUUAUAGCUUUGUCCCAAACCCUAUUCCCUGUAUAAUCCACUAUUUUCGGUAAAAAAGUGUUGCACAAAAUAGGAAUAGGGUGCCAUUUAGGAUACACACAUAGUCCCAAUCCCCUGCCUGCCUGCCUUCCUGGGAGACCUCUCUCUGACUGAUGCUUGCUCAUAGGGUUCAGGUGAACUUCAGGAAUGGGACUUUAGCCUUCCCAGGCUCCAUCCCCUCUCCUUCCACUUCCUCAUUCCCAACGUUUCCUCAUUUAAAGACACAUAUGGAAUUGGAGCGUUUUAAAAACAUAUAAUCUCCGUCAUAAAUCAUAACAGGGACUCCCCCCUGUGAUAAUGACAGUAUUUACAAGUAUUUGCAAGCAAAACAGUGAUAUGGGUCUUGCAAUUUGUGAAGGGGUGGAAGAUGAAAGCGCCUCUUGUUGUGACAGCAACCUUUGUAAUCAGGCUGGAUUCCACAGAGGUUAAGGAAUGUUAUGGAGAGUUGGACAGCCAGCCACACAAACAAUAUUAGUUACUUUUGCAAUCCCAAUCCACCAGGGGGGUCCAGAAAAACAACCACAGGUUACAAACAAUCAGGUUUUUAAUCAUGAGUAUUUGUGAAGCCUGCAUUUGACUGCCUGUUUGUUUUCUGAAUAAUUAUUUUUAUAUUAUAUUUUCUAAAUGGAAGUCAUACCCUCUCCACCUCCAUAUUCUGGUGUAGGCACAUACAGACUCCCUUUCAAUAGGUCACUACCUUGUUAUUAUUGUGUACUACCUUGUUUCAAUUUGUUCUAAACAUACUAACCAGAGGGCAUGCCAUCUAACCAGAGGACAUGCCAUCUAACCAGAGGACAUGCCAUCUAACCAGAGGGCAUGCCAUCUAACCAGAGGACAUGCCAUCUAACCAGAGGACAUGCCAUCUAACCAGAGGACAUGCCAUCUAACCAGAGGACAUGCCAUCUAACCAGAGGACAUGCCAUCUAACCAGAGGACAUGCCAUCUAACCAGAGGACAUGCCAUCUAACCAGAGGACAUGCCAUCUAACCAGAGGACAUGCCAUCUAACCAGAGGACAUGCCAUCUAACCAGAGGACAUGCCAUCUAACCAGAGGACAUGCCAUCUAACCAGAGGACAUGCCAUCUAACCAGAGGACAUGCCAUCUAACCAGAGGACAUGCCAUCUAACCAGAGGACAUGCCAUCUAACCAGAGGACAUGCCAUCUAACCAGAGGACAUGCCAUCUAACCAGAGGACAUGCACGGCCCCCUGCAACUGUAGAUGACAGACAAAGUGAUUUUCUCUUUGAUGUAUUAUUUUUGUAUUAAAUGGAAAUCAAUCUUUUAAAAUCAUUAUUUAUACUUUCUGAGAAAAUGUCGAUAUUCAAGUAAAGCUUUUUUUCAAAA